CGGUAGAGAUCGGUCACCGCAGUCUUGUCUCCGGAUCGUCGCACUAGAGACUUAAACGGUCGCGCAGCGCUUCAGUCAGACGUUGUACCGUCCACCGCACGAGUCCUCUGUGCUGGCGCGUCUGCUGUCGCCGUACCGUUGCUAUCAUCGCGUAUACGAAUCGGUGGUAAUCGAUCGAAGUUAAGUGCGUUUUUUUAGCAAUGAAUUUUGACUGUCAUUUGUGAACACAAAAAUUGGUUUUUUUUUUCCUUUUUAAUCAUUUAAAUCGUUUUUAUUUCGUGACGCAAUAGUUUUUUUUAUUUUUUUUUUUUUAUUAACACGUGCGUUGAAAUAUGGCCGAGUUCGACGCGAACAAUAACAAUGCGUUACCGUUGCCGGAAAAAGCGCAGGAAAAAUAUUCGUUACGACCCAGAGCGUCGUUGAAACGCGAAGAACCCGACGACGAGCACGAAGAUGGUUGGAAACCCUUGACCCGAGGUCGGUCCACCAAACGGAGGCAAAAACCUAAACCUUUGAGCAGGUACCGCAGGAAAACGGCUAACGCGCGGGAACGGAGUCGGAUGCGGGAGAUCAACGAGGCGUUCGAGGCGCUCCGCCGGGCCGUGCCGCACCUGGCCGUGGAGGCCCACAACGAGAAGCUGACGAAGAUCACCACGCUCCGGUUGGCCAUGAAGUACAUCUCGGCGCUCAGCGGUCUGCUGACUACCGCGCCGGCCACCGCGCACACGUCGUCCGUAGCCGCCACCGCGGCCACCGUACUGUCCACGCUGUCAUCGUCGCUGUCCACCUCGUCGUCGUCGUCGUCCACGUCGUCGUCGUCGUCGUCAUCGUCGUCGUCGUCGUCGUCGGAAGGCUAA